AGAACUAACCUACCAACUACAUAGAACUAACCUAGCAACUAGAGAGAACCCUAACAAUUUAACUAAAAGUCGCAUAACUUCCCAAAAUUUUGGCCCGACAAGUGUCACUCGGGAACCCCUGACAAAUGUCAUUCAGAAUUCUCCGGUGAUUAUUAGUCUAACAUCCUUGCCAUAUCAAUCUCCUGGUGGUGGUGGCGAGAAGGUAAACCCUCAGCUCAGUCUGGAUGAGUUUGUUCAUAAUCUACCCCCAGGCCCAAGUCUCCAUCAUUCGACCUUCAAUCAUUUUGGGCUAACCCUCACUUUGGGCCCAAGGCCUCUUCAACCUCCCAACCAGAUAUCUCCCUCACCAUUAAAUGGGCCAAUUCACAACACCAUCUCCCAGCCCAUCAUAACACCUCCCCCUAACUGGGCCAACCCACAACACCACCUCCCAACUGGGCCAAAUCUUCCCAAGGCAUCACUCCACCACCUCCCAGCCCAACACCAAGCGUGCCUUAUUUUUGCUCCUAUUACCCAUCCGGCUGCAUCCUUGGCUUCUCCUCCGACGGCCGUUGUUACCCAACCGGUUCCUACACCGACCACCGUCAGCUACUUCGGCUCCGGCGCCGGGCAUCCCCAGGCCAUCG